UCUCUUUAGCACCAGAAAUUAGCAAGAAGACCUCAGACCCAGGUGAGACAGGAGAAAUGAGGAGUCCCCUCCGAGUCCCCGGUUUCUUGCUUUUAUGCAUCUUUAUCCAAUCAAGUGCCCAUGGACAAAGCCUGGGAUCAGAGCCAUUUAGGAGACGCGGUGGAGCGGCUGAAACCAGGAAACGGUUGCAGGACGCACAGACCAGAUUGCUGCUCCUCAAAGACGGAAGUGACCGUCUGGGCUGUCAGCUCAGGCUCCAUCGUCCAGACACGCUGCAGGAGUGCGGCUUCAAUGCCUCCCAGCCGCUGGUCAUGAUCAUCCACGGGUGGUCGGUGGAUGGCUUCCUCGAAAACUGGAUCUGGAAGAUGGUGGCCGCACUGAAAUCCCGGCAGGCCCAGCCUGUGAACGUAGGGCUGGUGGACUGGAUCUCCCUGGCUUACCACCACUAUGCUGUUGCUGUCCGCAACACCCGCAUUGUGGGCCAGGAGGUGGCCACUCUUCUCCUAUGGCUGGAGGAAUCCAUGCAAUUUUCUCCCAGCAAGGUUCACCUGGUUGGAUAUAGUUUGGGAGCCCAUGUCUCAGGAUUUGCAGGCAGCUCCAUGGGUAGCAAACACAAGAUUGGAAGAAUCACAGGGUUGGACCCAGCAGGCCCUAUGUUCGAGGGAACUUCCCCUAGCGACCGUCUUUCUCCGGAUGAUGCUAUUUUUGUGGAUGCCAUUCACACCUUUACCCGGGAACACAUGGGCCUGAGUGUAGGCAUCAAACAGCCCAUCGCCCACUACGACUUCUACCCCAACGGGGGCUCCUUCCAGCCAGGCUGCCACUUCCUGGAGCUCUACAAACACAUUGCAGAGCAUGGCUUAAACGCCAUCACACAGACCAUCAAAUGUGCCCAUGAGCGCUCGGUACACCUUUUCAUCGACUCUUUGCAACACAAAGAUCUACAGAGCACAGGCUACCAGUGCAGUGACAUGGACCGCUUCAGCCAGGGCCUGUGCCUGAGCUGCAAGAAGGGUCACUGCAACACGCUGGGCUACAACAUCCGCAGGGAGCACUCGGGCAAAAACAGGAGGCUCUUCCUCAUCACCAGAGCCCAAGCCCCCUUCAGAGUUUACCAUUACCAGUUCAAGAUCCAGUUCAUCAACCAAAUUGAGAAGCCAGUGGAGCCCACUUUCACUAUGUCACUGCUGGGAACAAAGGAGGAAAUGAAGAUUCCCAUCACUCUGGGUGAAGGAAUCACCAGCAAUAAAACUUAUUCUUUCCUUAUCACAUUGGAUAAGGACAUCGGUGAACUGAUCGUCAUCAAAUUCAAAUGGGAAAAGAGUGCAGUGUGGCCCAACAUCUGGAACACAGUGCAGACCAUCAUCCCGUGGGGCGUGGUGCCCCACUACUCAGGCCUGGUUUUGAAGACUAUCCGGGUCAAAGCUGGAGAGACACAGCAAAGAAUGACAUUUUGCCCAGAGAGCACGGAUGAUCUACAGCUUCACCCCACCCAGGAGAAAGUCUUUGUGAAAUGUGAAGUAAGCACAAACAUUGAAACGAAAGAACAGAUGAGUCAGAGACCCAUGCCAAGAACAAAUAAACCAUAUGCUGCCAUACCUGCAAUGGCUGCCUUAUUUGGAAACCAAAAUUACAUGAAUAAUCUUGCAUAAAUUUAAAUAAAACAGGUAUAAAGAAG